AUGUAUAUCAAUUAUAAAAAUAAUUUAUAAAUUUAUUUAAGCGACUUUUUUUAAAAAUUAAAAUUUGAAUAACCUCCUUAUUUAUUAUACUCUAUUUUCUUAAUUACAGAUUAUUUAUAUUUGUUUAUAAAAAAUUCAUUUAUUAAAAUAUAUACAAUUAAUCUUAAAACUAUAUAUACUAAAACUAAAUUAAAAUUAAAAAAAAAUUUAAAAUUUUUAUUUUUUGAUAAUAAUAAAAAAUUAAGUUAAAAAAAAAAAUUUAAUUAAAAAACUAACAAAAAAAGAGAAAUAUAAAAAACAAACAAAAAAAACAUAAAAUGUAAAUCAAACAGCAAAUAUUAAAAAACAAUUAAAAUUCAAAUUUUUUACAAAACUACCGUACAAAUUCCCAAAACACUUAAAUAACCAAAUACUAAUAAACCCGUGGAAGAUUUCCAAAUUCUUUAACGUCCCCUUUAACAAAUAAAUCCAUACAAAUAAAAAGAGCAUCUGCUUCAAUAACAAAAUUUUAGCAAACCUUAGACAAUUAACAACAAUAAACAGAACAAAACUCUCGCAACAUUAACAAUUAAUUACAAAAAAAAAGUAAAAUACAACAUCUAAAUAUUAACAUUAAAGUUCCUUACAAUAAAAGCAACAGCAUAGCCAACAAUAAAUAGAAAAUCAUCACCAUACAUAAUAAUAGCCGCGGUCUUUUUUUUAGAAAAUAACAAUAAUCCACAUCAGUAAUACUAAAUAGAUUCAUCAAAGAUAUCAUCAAGAUCUUAUGGAAUCAUAAAAGCAUAUGCUGCAAAUACAAAUAAUGGAAUUUUUAGAAAUUAUAAUGAAGAUAGAGUUUCGAUUAUUCUUUCCGUUUCAAAACCAUCAAAUAAAUAAACUGAAUAUUGGGCAAAAACUUCUUUUUUUGCUAUUUAUGAUGGACAUGGAGGGUCUAAUUGUGCAGAUUAUUUAAGGGAUAAUUUACAUUUAUUUAUUAUUAAAGAUGAUUUUUUUCCAGAAAAUCCUAUAGAAGCCAUUAAAAGAGGUAUUUAUUAUGCUGAGUAAAGUUUUCUUAAAAUGGCUGAAGAAACUAAUGAUAGAUCCGGUUCUUGUGCUAUUAUACUUUUAAUUAUGGAUGAUAUGGCUUAUGUGGCUAAUAUUGGUGAUUCUAGAGCAAUUUUAAGCAUGAAAAAUGGAUAAAUAAUCUCUAAUUUAUCACAAGAUCAUAAACCUGAGUUCGAAAAAGAAAGAAUAGAAGCAGCAGGUGGAAAUAUAUAUUACAAUUAUAAUUGCGGAUUACUUUAAGGAAUGUAAAUAUAACCUCCUUGUAGAGUUUUUCCAGGAAAAUUAUCAGUUUCAAGAACAAUAGGUGAUAUAUAAGCCAAAAAUGUUCUUUUAGGAGGAAAUCCAAACGUAAUAAUAAGCAAUCCAGAUAUAAAGCAAUUAAAAAUUACAAAUGAGCAUGAUUUUAUAUUAUUAGGAUGCGAUGGAAUAUUCGAUAGAAUAAAUAGUCAAAAUGUUGCUAAUAUAUUCUGGAAUUCUAUAAAUGAAUAAAAACUAGAACCUGACUUUCAUAAAUAAUGUGGAAAAUGUAUAGAAUAAGUUAUGAUUGAAAGUUUUGACAGAAAAAGUUUUGAUAAUAUAACUUUGGUGGCAAUAUCAUUUGAAAACCUUAAUAAUUAUUUUAAUUAAUUAUAAUAAAUAUAGCAAUAAUAAUAAUAACUAUAAAUAAAAAGCUAGAUUAACAUUAAUAAUCAUAAUUUUAAUAAUUAUUAAUAAUAUUAAAGCUUACCUUAAAAAAGUAGUGAUAAUAAAGUUUAAUAAAAAAUAAUAAUUUAACAUUAAAUACACCUUAGAAUAAUGUUUAAAAAUCUUCUAUAAAUUUUGCUCCUUCAAGUAGUAGUUCUAAAAGUCUUUUACAAGGAAGUUAAAAAUAUAAUUAAAACUAAUAAUAACAUAUUUAUGGUAAAUAAUAUUAGAUAUUGUAAUAAUAAAUUUAAUAAAAAUAAUUAAUCUAAAUUAAAAAUAAAAAAUAUGAUAAUUUAUCAAAUAAUUUUUAAAAUUUUUAAAGUAAAAAAUAAUAUAUAUUAUAUAUUAGUUAAAAUAUUUAUAUUAAUUAUAUAUAUAUAUAUAUUUAUAUUUUAUUUAUUUUAUAUUAUAUUUAUAUUGCAUUUAUAUUAUAAUAUUAUUUAUUAUAUUUAGUAACAAAUUAUUCAUAUUAUAUUAAAUUUAAAAUAUAUUUUAAAAACAACUUAUUAAUUUUAUAAUAUUACAUUAUUCAUAUAUUUAUUCUUAUAGAAAAUAAUCAAGGAUAUAAUAUAAAAUUAAUCAAUUCUUAGAAUAUUAAUUUUUAUAUUUUUUAUACCUUAAUUUUUUUUUAAAAAAAAAAAAAAAAAAAAAACUAAAAAAAUAUUUAAAUUUUUUUUGGUUUGA